UAUUAUUUCAAUAUUUUAGGUUUUUGGCAAAAGGAACAAUGGAGGAAAAGAUCUAUGAUCGUCAAGUUACAAAACAAUCCCUGGCAGCUCGUGUAGUUGAUGAACAGCAGAUAGAACGACACUUUACAAUGGGAGAACUAGCGGAACUAUACGAGUAUGUAGAGGAACCUUUAUCCGCUAAACCUACUCCUAGUGUACCAGAGGAUAGGCUGCUAGCGGAGCUAGUGGAUAAACAUAAAGAGUUGAUCUGGAAGUUUCAUCAUCACGAUUCUCUGCUGGAGAACAAGGUUGAUGAGAAUCUAACUGAAGCUGAACGUAAAGCUGCCUGGGAGGAAUACGAGAACGAGAAGAAGGGUCUCAUCCAGACCAACGUCGGGAUCGAGAACAUAACCGCUUUCGGGGCCAUGCUCCAGGGUAUGCUCCCCCGCUCCGGGGAUGGGAGGGUGAUGGCCAGCCCCAUCAACCCAAUGGCGAUCCAGCACCAGUUGAAGAGCAUGAACCCUGAGUUAAGCCACGAGGAGCUGGUUAUGAGGACAAGGUCUGCUAUUAUGCAGCUUCAAAAUUUGCACCGAACACAGACCCCAGUGAUAAUGAAUCAGAAUACACUAGGAGUAGGACAAAGACAGGGCCCAGGAUACGAUCAAUCCUUCUAUCAGCAGGAGAUGGCCAAAGCUAAAGCGAUGAUAAACCAACAAUACCCUGGCAUGUACAGGUUUGGGUUCCGUGGCGCAUCACAGCAUGCACCAGGCGCCGCCAUGGCAAUGAUGCCGCGUCAGAUUACACCGAUGUUCAAACCCAACUCUGGGCCUCCGGAGGAGAUUGUCAUAGAAGACGACAAUGAUUCUCCUGUGGUUAUCUCCCAAAGACGAGUAGUUCGUCCUCCGGCCGCCAGAGGCCGUGGUGGACGACGAGGAAGACCAAGACUAGAUCCAGAUACAGACUUAGAUUUCUCUCCUGAACCGAGCAGUACAACCGCACAUCAAGCACUAAUCCAGCAAUUACAAGCUCAAGGCAUGUCAGUGAAACCAUCUUCAGGAAACGAGAGCUAGGUUGCAUCUAGCUCCAUCUAGUUCCAGGAGAACCUGAAUCUUGACCCGGAGUAUGGUUUUCACUCAUCACCAGAUAAAAAGAGAAUGAGUAAAAGAAACAGUUAUUGUGCAUUGAAUACUUAGUUCUAAUUCUGGUUCUCAGGUUCUAAUAAAAGUAUUAAAACCUAUAGUCCUCGUUAUAAAGGACUAACAACAUCUCUUCUGCUUCGUGAAGAAGUUUAGUUCAUAAACAAGAAAAAAUUGACAAAAUUACUCAAACAAGUACAACCAUCCAACCAACCAUCCAGUAUGUAUUGAUGACUUAAACCAAACCUGUAUCAGUUCCCAGCAAACAAUAUUUGAUAAUAGCUCUGCAGCUUUUUUUCAAGUUGUUGGAACAGUGUAGGACUUUCUUACAGUCGCCUUUGUUUAGUUAAAAUUUAUGUAAAUUCUAGCUUUUACUUGAGAUAUGGAUUCUUUACUCUGUAGAUCCGAGAAAUAAACAAAAUAACAUUGCUUUAUAA